AUGCGCGUUCCCCUCGUUGACAGAAAUGACGAAGAGGACCAGCCAGGCACUCCUCCACAGAAUACGUGGGAUAUCUCCGAAAAGACACCACCGACUCCCAUUGCAGAUGUCGACGAACACGAACACAGUGCACAGCAAGUGCCUCCCCAGCAUCUUGGCUUUGUACCUCCCAACGGAGGGUUCGAGGCAUGGCUGCUGGUCUUUGCAGGAUUCCUGGUGUUUGCCAAUGUCUGGGGCAUCGUGAGCACGUUUGGUGCAUUCCAAGCAUUCUUCAUCAGAGACCUCCUCUCCAACGAGUCGGCAUCCGCCAUAUCAUGGAUCGGCAGCGUCCAGGCCUUUCUGGUCGUCUUCACGGGCGUCGGUUGUUUCCUUACUGUGUUCGGCAUGAUGAUGACCAGCCUGGCCAAGUCGUACUACCAAGUCUUUCUGGCCCAAGGGAUCUGUGUCGGCAUGGGAGCCGGGCUCUCCUACGUCCCGACCCUGGCGCUCAUUUCGACCUAUUUCACCACCAAACGGCCCAUCGCGAUCGGGAUUGCGGCGGUCGGCUCGAGUGCGGGCGGCGUCAUCUUCCCCAUUAUGUUUCGUCGACUACAACCACAGAUUGGAUAUGGCUGGACGGUUCGCUGUAUUGGCUUCAUCAACCUGGCAUUUGCAGUGCUCAUCUGCGUCAUCCUGGGCAGACAUAGGAAAGAGGGAGGCGCCCAACGAAGAUCUCUCUGGGACCUGACCGCACUCCGGGAGCCGAUCUUCCUGUCCUGGACCGCCUCAUUGUUCUUCCUCUUUUUGGCAUACUACAUCCCUCUGUUCUUCAUCGUCUCUUGGGCACGCUGGGUGUUGCAUACGUCGGAAGACAUGGCCUUCUACAUGCUCGCCAUCUUGAACGGUGGCUCGUUCCUCGGUCGCACGUUUCCCUACCUUCUGGGCCGGCGGGUGAAGCCCGUCUACACCCUCAUCUUCUCCGCCGUCCUCGGCACGAUCCUGACGUUCUCCUGGAUCGCCAUUCACAGCUCAGCGGCGUUUAUUGUCUGGUGCAUCCUCUGGGGAUUCGUUGCAGGGGUCUUGGUCACCGCCCCAACCUCCACGAUGCCACAUCCUGUGAUAUCACCCAAUAUGGGCGUGAUAGGCACCAGGAUGGGAAUGAGCUGGAGUGCCGCCGCCAUCGGGUCUAUCAUCGGGUCGCCCAUUGCGGGAGCCCUCGCAAACGUCGCUUCCGGAAACUUUCUUCAUGCACAAAUAUUUGUCGGUGCCGUCAUGGCAUCGGGUGCCGUUUGUUUGAUCCCAGCAUUGAUCGCAAUUGAGAGGCACGACCGCAAAGCCAAAAGUUGA